CAAAUUCUAUACAUUUCGACUUGUCCAACUGACCCAACAAUGGCGGCAAAUACUUUGCUAGUUUUAUUAGUGUUUAUUAUUUCAGUGGGAAAUUCAGUGAAAAAUGGCUUAAGAAGUGAAGUGGAUUGGGAUAACUUGAAAAUGCCAGACGCAUUGCCUGAAGUGUAUAGAUUGCAUUUACCUCGAAGAGUAUUGCAUAGUGUCCCACCUUCGGAGAGAAUCGUGGGGGGUGAAAUUGCACCCAUUGGAGAGUAUCCCUAUCAUGUCGGGAUCGUACCAAACUUUGGGACCUGGUGUGGUGGUUCCUUGAUUUCAGAUCAAUAUGUUUUGACUGCUGCGCAUUGUGUAGAUGACUGUAUGUUCGUUCAUUUGUAUUUAGGAGCACACAAUAUACGCGAGGAUGAAGAGAGCCAGUUAGAAUUCAAGGUUUUCUUUGAGGAUAUCAUAAUUCAUCCCGAUUGGAAUUUCGCCAUUUUUGCUAAUGAUAUUGCCUUGGUUCCAUUACCGGAGAAAAUACAAUUCAGAGACAGGAUAAAACCAAUCGCACUACCCAGUCGAUCAGAUGAUGAGCUUGACUUGGAGAAUGACGUUGUUACAGCCACCGGAUGGGGUUAUAUUUACGACAACAGCACAAGCAUCACAAACCUCCUUCGAUAUGCGAAACUUCGAGUAUUACCGCUUCCUGUUUGUCGGCAUUUCUACCUUAACAUUGUAUUUGAAACCAAUAUUUGCACAAGUACAGGGCUUGGACAAGGAGUUUGUACUCAUGAUGAUGGAGGGCCACUCAUGUACGAAAAGAAAGACGGUACUCGCAUCCUAGUUGGCGUAACGUCUUUCAUCAAUCCAGUGGGCUGCGUUUCAGGAUGGGCUACUAUGCAUGCUCGAGUGUCCAAAUAUCUGGAUUGGAUCUCACAAGCUACGGGCAUUGCAAUUAUAAAUUUAACGAUGGCACGGUCUCUAAUUCUAAUCAUCGCGGCGGUCACGAUUACCCUCGCGGCAAGUUCAAAAAUUGAUUGGUCGCAAAUCCAUCCUCGCGAUAUUCUACCAGACGUCCUUAGAGGACUUCCAACCAAGUAUAUACAAGCAAAUGGAAUACAUCAAGGACGAAUUACAGGAGGUCAGGAGGCACCCAAGCACGCAUUUCCCUAUCAAGUUGGACUAAUGAUUGAGUUAGAGGAAUUCAGAACAUUUUGCGGUGGAUCCUUGAUUUCUGAUCAAUGGGUGCUAACUGCAGCCCAUUGUGCCGAUGGUGCAAAAUCAGUUUUGCUUCAUUUCGGGGCACAUCACAUCCAACAAGAAGAGGACCGUGUCGAAAUGCUAUCUACAGAGUUCAUUGUCCAUGAAGAAUGGGAUAUGGAUAAAAUACGCAAUGACAUUGCGCUGAUAAAAUUACCGGAGCCAGUCAAAUUUUCAGAUAAAAUCCAACCCGUCAAGUUGCCUCGUAAAUCUGAUGUCGAUAAUAAUUUCGAAGGAGAACCAGCUGUUGCAUCAGGUUGGGGAAAGGAUUCAGACGAGUCUACAGUGAUUUCCCCCGUGCUACGUUACAUCGAAACACAAAUUUCCAGUUUGGCUGUAUGCAAACUCUUGUAUUUGUUUGUGCCAACCGAUAACAACAUUUGCAUUGGCGGAGCAAAUGGUAUUUCCACAUGCAACGGCGACUCUGGUGGACCUCUAGUGGUCUACGAAGCUGACGGGACACCCAUUUUGGUUGGAGCUACAUCGUUCGGAUCGAAAAUCGGCUGCGAAAAGGGCUUCCCUGCUGCUUUUACUCGUAUCACAUCCUACUUGGACUGGAUCAACAAGCGCACAAACAUUCCACUGCGUUAAUCAUAAUGUUUUCUGGCCAACCCAUUGGUCAUACGAUGAAUUUAUCACCAAAUAAACAUGCAAAUAUUUCUGGAUACGCGAGCAAA